AUGUCGUUUUUUAAAUCUAUCCAAGAGUCGCUCCCUAAGGUCGAUCUCGACAACAUCACCAAGUCGUUCCAGAACAGCGGUAAGGCUGUCCUGGAGUACUCAGAACAGUUCAAAGAGUCAAUUCAGCCCUUCACGGCCAAGACCCAGAACUUGAUCUCUACCCAAUUGCACCAGGUUCAGCUGUUGGCUCAGACCCACAUUGGCUCUAACAUUGAAGUCAGUGAGUUGCCAAAUGACUACUUGGACUUGGAGAAGAGCUGCGACUUAUUGUUGAAGUUGUACACCGACUUGAUCCAGUACACCAACGAGACCUAUGGCGUCAUCAGCUACGAUUAUCCUCCUGGUAACACUGCUAUCUCCAAGAUCCGUGAUGCCAACGUUGGUGGCAUCUUCUCGAGCAAGUUCAACCAGUUGAAGAACGUGUCUACCCCACAAGAAAUGGAGAAGGUGCUCUUGGGCGGUGACGACAAGAAGGCCGAGGAAGAAGAGGAAACCGUGGAGGUCCAGACCAUUUCUGCUCAGUUGCCAAAGACUCUUUACGGUCAAUUGGCUGCCAUUGCCAGCAAGCACAGCGAGGAGUUCAGCGAAUCAUCGAACACCUUGUCCUUCGCUCUCUUGAAGAUCUCUUCUAUUUACACUGAGAUUGCCACCUCUAGAUUGGAGCAGGACAAGAAGGUCAUUGCUGAGUUGAACCAUGCUUUGGUGAAGAUCUUGAACGAACAGUUCAUCAAGGUGAACGAGUUGAGAAAGCGUGUCUACAGCGCCAGACUGGAGUUUGACUUGGCCAGAUCCAAGAAAUCUAACACCAGCCAGGAUGAGGAUGACGAUGAGUUGAUUGCCAAGGAGGAUGAGUUGGUUAGCGCUACCGAGGUUGCCGUUUUGGAGAUGAGAAAGCUCUUGAAGCCAUCUAAGAACGUCGACCUCUUGAAGGUGUUCAUUAAGAUCCAGAAGGAGCACUUGGAAGUCAGUGCGAAGAAGUUGGGCUCUCUCUUGUCUGAGUUGGACAAGAUUGAGUUCAAGGACGAGGAUGACGAGUAG